AUGCCUUGUGUCAACAUCGAAAUCAUUACCUGCCUCACCCAUCCGAUUCCAUCCGAUUCCAUCAUCAUCACAUUUUCACCAUUACCACCCAUCAAAAACAGGUUGGUCGGUUCCCCAACUGCUUCCACCAUUGUCACCAUCAUUGGACUGGUCAUGAUGGCUUUGUUGUGCGUCGAAAGCCUGGUUUCGGAAUGCGUUGAUCGAAGGAGCCUGGUGACGUUGGACACAGAAGUCACGAAUCCUUCUGGCUUUGGUGUUCCACCGACUGCAGUGCGUCCACCCGGCACGAUGCAUCUGACACUCGGUCUUAUGAGCCUCAAGGACGAAGGCGUUGAGCAGGCCAGCGAGGUGUCGAAGAAUUUGAAGUUGAAGGAGUACCUUGCAAGUUCUAGACCUAAGAUCCACUACGUUCUGUUUCUCGGCUGGCAGUUGCUUAGUGAAGAUGCGGUUGUGAUUUUUGGCCACCGGUAUAAAACCCCUGGCUGA